AUGGCUGCGAUUGCUACUCCCUCCAACAACCGGCUGAAGCUGACGCCGUCUAACUCACCACUUCUAUCGAGGCCGUCCAGAUUCUUAAUCCGUGGACGUUCCAUGCACGAGUCGCGGCUCUCACUUAGGAGAGUCGUCGGCACCACCUGUCGCUCGCCCACGGGCUUUGACACCGUCAAUUCCUCCUUUGCUUACAUUGCUGGAGGUGCUGUUGUGGUCGUAGACGUCGACGGCCAGCUUUACUCGCAACGUUUCUACAGAGCCCGACCGACAGCCGUGCCCAUGUAUUCAGUAUCAAGCUCGCAGAAUGCCCCUUCGACUCCCAUUUCGACGACGCCCAAAGCCAACGACAGCCGCAAUCGCGUGGCUCCCAACUGCAAGGAUUCUGGGUACAGCCCCGUGGACUGGGCAGCUGAUUCCUCCAGUGGCCCCAAGACGUGGACGAGCCGCGAGAGGAUCAAGGCUGCUACGUGCAUAGCCCUGAGUCCAGACGGCAGGUAUCUGGCGGUCGGCGAGACUGGAUAUGCUCCUCGGGUGUUGAUUUUCAGCCUCUUGGACGCUUCCUCGGACACGCCGCUGGUCUCCAUAAGUGAGCACGCAUUUGGGGUCACUGCGGUUGCAUGGUCUGAAGAUUCAAAAUAUCUUGCGUCGCUCGGUGCCGCCAAUGAUGGUUUCCUAUUUGUCUGGAAAAUUGACCCACGGACUGGAGCUGCCAAGCUCUUUCAGCAAAAUAGAUGUACCUCAUACAUCAGAGACAUGGUUUGGAUGGGCAACAGUCUCAUAACACUGGGCGUGCGGCAUGUCAAAGCAUGGAAAAUUGAGGAUGGAACCAUGAUCUCGCCGCCCAAGGCCAAGGUUCUGGGUGACACGACGCCAUCCACCUCGACACCACAGAAGACCCUGCCUGGCCGAAAUAUGCUUUUGGGCAGCUUGUUGGAAGCCACUUUUAGCUGUGCUGCUGUUGACGGCAAAAGUCUUAUUUUUGGCACAGAGACUGGUGACGUCUGCAUUCUCGACGACGACGAUAGGCAGAUGAAAUUGACAAAGGUCUUGAACCUGGAGUUCGCCAUCACGACAAUCACCAUUCGUGGCAAGGUUGUAUAUGUUGGCGGCAAAGAUGGCCAUUUCGCCACGCUUGACGUCGAAAGAGUCAUGGGUGGCUGCGCAGCGAGUGUUUUGACAACCAGCCAAACAUCGGCUGGUGUCGUCGCGCUCGGCUUUCUUCCGGACAAGUUGGUGACCAUUGACUCAAAGCAGUCCAUUGAUGUUUGGAAUCCCGACUGUUUACCCGGACAGGAUACCGAAACAGCCGCUCAUAUCCCGAUUCCUGGGCAUGGAGAACCCAUCAUCGGCGUUCAUUCGUUGCACCGACCGAACAAGGCAAACGCCGCCUUUGUAACCUGGUCUGCAUCGGGCAAUGUAACUUUUUGGGACGUAGAUGGGCAGGUCAAGCUGACUCUCGAUGUCCCUGUUGAGGACUCAGACCCAGACAACGAGGCCACUUUGCCAAACCAACUCACGAGCGCCCGCACUACAAAGAGCGGGAAGCUACUAGUGACAGCAGAUCGUCAGGGAAUCGUCAAAGUCGUCGACGUAGAUUCCAAGGACUGCCUGCUGGAUAUCAAGGCGCACUCAUCUGACUGUCUUUGCAUCAGCAUAUAUGACGAAGAGUCCAAGUUUCUUAUGGCUUGCUGCGGCAGAGACCGGACCGCCCAGUUAUUCCACCGCGACUCCACCGGCCGGAUCGAGCAUUUUCAGACCCUUGAAUUUGCUGCAAAGGUCAUUCAGGUGCUCAUCCCGGCAGAUGACAAAGUCAUUACAUGUUCACUUGACCCCAUUCCCUCCAAAGUCAUUAGUCUGAAAUCAUCACCCACUUCAAUGACCAUGAGCCCGGAUAACAGGACUAUUUUUGUUUCUUCCCUGGAUCGGUCCAUAUACCAAUACGACUUGGCAAGUGGCAGACAGCUUUGCUGUUUUAAAUGCAUGGAUGAGGGUGGUGUAGAAGCCGUCGUUCUGGAUUCCUUGUUCGUCGGCCAGUGGCCCUCCAAGGACGUUGGCUUCUUGCUAGGGUCAUCAAAUACCGAUAAAUCUAUACGACUAUAUGACGCCAAUUCGGGCGCAUUCUUGGACAGGGAAUGGGGCCACACAGAGGCAAUCAACGGCGUCUCUCUUGUCGAAGAUGACGACGGCACGAGAAAAGUUGUCAGUGUGGGCUCGGAUGGAACGAUUAUGGUUUGGACGCUGGAUCUGAACGAUCCUUCACCGAGGUCGAUGAGUAGGGAUCCAUCACCAGUGAAGGAGGCAAUUAACGUUGGCAGUCGACCGACGUUGCGAAAGGUUUUAUCCAAGGCGGACCUGGCCGAAUUUCAACGUCAUUCACCAUCACCAGCGGGACGUCGGUCACCCCCCCGAUCCGUGCGCCGUCGAACAUCACGAGUCAAUCUCGGAGCCGCCCCCUCAGCAAACCGAACUCCAGUUGGGAACUUGGCGGCCAGCCCAAGUGACAGCGCCAUCAGCGAAGACACUCCAUCAAGAAGAGGGCCUUGGGAGAUUAACAGAGGCGACAGCCCUCCUGCCAGCCCAAAGUCAAGGGUUAGUAGAACGCCUUCGAUGCCAGCUUUGUCUGCAGUCGCUAAGAGGAAGUCUUUAUCAAAUCUUCGCGGGCCGGGCUCUUUGAAUACGGCAACAGAGCAGGCUUGCCGCACUCUGCGUUCGUACAGAAAGAAGCUGUCGUCUGCUGAGCCCAUUACUGCUGAGGGCUUGACAGAGUUAGAUCAAGAACUGCGUCUCACGGCCGUCGCACUUGGCGAUCGCGCCAUCAGAAGCAAUGCUAUCAACGAAACGGUCCUCAGUGGCCUUUUAGACCAGUACUCAGAAAGGCUGGUUACUUUACUGGAUGAGAAAUUGCGGCUCACCAACCAGCUGCCUAAAAAUCAGGAAAUGGACACCGCCAGCAGUGACGAUCGACCUCGCAGCGCGGAUGGCUCGUCGAGCUCCUCGUCUCCAUAG